AUGAAAUCGAGUGGAACAGUUAACUAUGCGGCAAAAGAAAAGAAAGAGACGUUUGAUAUGUGUUGUGAUGAUGGCUAUGAUGAUAUGAAAGGUCAAGCAUCCGAUACUGAAAAAUUUCAAUAUCUGAGAUGUCUUCAGGAGAGUACCAUUCGUACACUUGAAGAACACCGACGAAUUUAUGAAUUUCAAUCUAAUCAAGCAAUUAAAAUAGAGUUUGAGUGCAAAGAUGUGAAGUCCAGCAUUAAUUUAUUAGAAAACGGAGGAAUUCAUAUAUUUCAACCUAAAAACGAAAUUGAAACAAAGUUUCAGUGCAAUGAUGAGAAGCCCUACGUUAGUUUAUCAGCACCUGAUGAAGUCAACAAAGAAAUUCAUACAUUUCAACAUAACCAAGAAAUUAAAGUAGAGUUUGAGUGCAAAGAUGUGAAAUCCAAUGUGAAUUUAUCAGUACCCGAUGAAGUGAAAGACUGGUCUUAUCGGUCUCAUCAAUCUUCAAUUCAAAUAGGAACUGAAAGCAUAAUGAAAAAAAAGUUUCUGAGCGAUUCUAUAACCACUUUUGAUACAAAUACUGGCUGCGAAUUCAACGGACAGAGUAUGAUCAUUUAUUCUCCAAUAAAUAAAAGUACACAAUCUGCUGAAUGUGAUACACAUUUGAAGGGAUUAUUUCCUAAAAGGUCUCAGCAAACCCAUAUUGGCUUGACGCAGAAUCGCAUCAAUCACCCAUGUCAAACGUGUGGAAAGACAUUUACAUAUAAGUCUGCUCUGAAGAUCCAUAUUGAGUUUGAGUUUGACAAGGUUUAUUCAAGUUCAUCUCAUAGAGAUAGUGAACUAAUACCAACUAAAUUACAUACAAUUUUACAUAGUGUUGCGUUGCAUAAAAGAUAA